AUGUCAAAUUUAGCGGAUCUCGGCUACUUUUUCGAUGAUCAAGGUGUUUUGAGAACUAAAGAGGACAAUGAAAAAUUCAAAUUCACUACCCAAGAAGCGUACGAGACCCUGGGUGAAGCUGUCGAUGAAGAGAUCUUUAACCUUCUGGAAACACGCUGCGGUCUAGAGAGAAAAGUGCUGAAACCAGCGGGAAUCGAGGGUGACGAUGAGGAUUUCAGCUUUUAUUUCGCCUCAAAAAACUUGAAAACCGCUGAAACUAUGCUUAUUCUAAUGCACGGAAGCGGGGUGGUUCGUGCCGGUCAAUGGGCGCGGCGCCUCAUUAUUAAUGAGAAUUUGGAGUGUGGAACACAGAUUCCAUACGUCGAAAGAGCACUGAAACUGGGGUGGGCGGUGGUGGUGAUGAAUACGAAUGCGAAUGGAACCGAUCAGCAGGAGUUUAAGUUCUCUCGAACACCCGAAGAGCACGCCGAGAUGGUAUUCAAGAUGUGUGUGGGCGGAGCCAAGCUGAAAUCUGUCUAUGUCGUCGCUCACAGUCGUGGAGGGUACGAUUUGUCGGCGGCGCUAAAACGAAACGGAUCGGACGACCGAAUUCAGAAGAUUUGUCUCACCGACUCACCGUGGUUCAGAUUCCCGAAAAGCUGUGAAGAACGCAAGACACCUCUAUAUGUGUUCAAUUUUUUGGCUCGCGGGAAAUACGGCUCUCCAGAAUACAAAGUUCACGAGUAUCAAGCCGGUCGAGUCACCGAUCUCUACGCCGGAACGAAAAUUCACGAAUGGUCGAGUCAUAUGGCGAUUGACGCCGUUUUUAAGAUAUUCGAGACGGAGCUGAACGAGUCAAAUUUCGUGGAAACUGUCAAUGAAGCGAAAUAUUUAGUACUUCAUGGAAAAGAGAAAGAAGAUGUGGAGAGUGAUGAGCCGUCGGUCAAGAAAAUGAAACAAUAA